AUGUUGUUCUUCCUCACCCGUCUUCUCCCAUGCUGUGGAAGUUGUUCAGAACCCCCAUUCUUGCAGGGAAGAGCCAUUUCAUCCGUACUUGUACAACACCACCACUAUGGAGAGCACUCGAGCACGGCGAAGAUAUUCCCUGCCAUAACCAUCCGCAUACCUUGUAUCAUGAAUAUCGAUUUUAUGAGCAGAAGUCCCCAUCGAAGAAGCCGAGCUGUACUAAUACAAACGGUAUCGCUGGCUCUCCACAGCGCCAAAGACGCCGAGCAAUUGGCUGCGCGGUACCGCAAGUUCCGGCUCCCAGCACUGAUCGAUGCCGCCAUUGGAGUUGCUGGUAGUUAUGCUUCGAGUUGUACCAAGGUCAUCAAAUGUAUCGAAGGGCAAUACAACAAGUCGUUGAUCCUGUCGAUGGACAAUGGACAGGAAGUGGUGGCUCAGCUGCACAACCCUAAUGCAGGGCCGAAAUUUUACACCAGCGCGUCGGAAGUGGCGACGCGACAGUUUCUCCGAGACCAUCUCGCUAUCCCGGUCCCGCGAAUAUACCUGUGGACUGCAGAUGAGACAAAUGCAGUCGGGGCCGAGUACAUUCUGGAACAGCCGUUAGGGCUCCUGUGGAGUAAGCUACCGUUUUCGGCUCGGUCGUACAUCGUCGACAUCGAGCGGAGGCUUUCGUCUGUCACUUUCCCGGGGCAUGGAUGCAUAUACUUCCAGUCAGGCUGGAAUCAAACUCAGAACACGCCAAUUCUGUUCCAGUACAAACCCCAGACGGUAGAAGUCGGCCCAGAUUUGCCCUCGGCAAGAUUGGACCUCCAGAGGGGGCCGUUUAAGAACAUGGCCGAGUAUGCGAGAGCCAUUGCGAGAAACGAGAUUCAAUGGGCGCAGACGCACGCACAGCCAAGAAUGAAUGUCCGGCGAUCAGAGGAGCAGCCAGAGACUGCAGAUGAGUACCUCGGCCUGCUCGAGCGAUAUGCUUGUGCCCAACUUGACUCACAAUGCUAUGGACCAGGAACGUCUGAACCAGCUGUCACACCCUGAUUUACACCUGGACAAUAUAUCCGUAAAGCCAGCAACCAACAAUAUCACAGCUGUGAUCGACUGGCAGCAUGCGGCCGCUUCGCCAGUUGAUCUACAACCCCUGUUUCCGCAGAUGCCGGAGCGAAUGACAGCGGGAACAAAAGAAGGCGACGAC